AUGAUUACUUGCUCUGGUGAUGUUCGUCACGCCGGAAUCGACAUGAAGGUUCGGGUAAAGCCAAUCGGCAACUGGUGGAAUCGGUCUUCGAGUCCCUUCACCAAACACUUUCACUCGAAAUGGGAACUUGACCACAAGUUCGGCCUCCACUCGCCGUCGCCCAUUGGCACCCACAAGACAGAGUCAUUCGGGAGCAGCCUGGCAGACCGUGCAGGUGACAAAAUGCCCUCGAAUCGUCACACUUUGUGCCAGUUGUCGCCCGUUGCCACUUUACACGCACCAGCUAGGCUCGACUCCCGUUGGUCCACCUGCCUCGAGGUCGUCCUUACGGUACAGCCAAGUUUAGAGGCCAACUGGACUACGGCCCAACCAAAUGCCAUGCCAGAUUGA